UAUAUAUACCUAGGAAAUUUCAGGCAGACACUGAAGCAAGCACACCAUACCGGCGAUGAUGGCUGAGCCAGUGAAGCUCAUCGGUUGCUUCGGCAGCCCAUUCGUGCACCGCGUCGAGGUGGCCCUGAGGCUCAAGGGAGUCCCCUACGAACUCGUUGAAGAAGAUCUCAACAACAAAAGUGACUUGUUGGCGAAGCACAAUCCUUUCCACCAGAAGGUCCCCGUGCUCCUCCAUGGAGACCGUCCGGCCGUGUGCGAGUCCCUCGUCAUCAUUGAAUACGUCGAUGAAGCCUUCAGCGGCCCGUCGCUCCUCCCCUCUGACCCCUACGAAAGGGCCAUGGCCCGCUUCUGGGCCGCCUUCAUGUACAAGGAGUGCAAGGAUUCCAUGUGGAUUGCGUUGUGGACGGACGGCGAGGUGCAGGCGGCGUCAGCAAGGGAGAUGAAGGCGAACCUGACACUCAUCGAGAGGCAGCUGGCAGAGGGGAAGAAGUUCUUCGGAGGCAACACAAUCGGGUUCCUCGACAUAGCCGUAGGUGGGAUCGCGCACUGGAUGGGAGUGUUCGAAGAGGUCGCAGGGGUGCGUCUGCUCAUCGAGGAGGAGCACCCGGCGCUAUGCCGGUGGGCGAGGGAGUACACACUGGACGAGACUGUUGGGCAGUGCCUUCCGGACAGAGACCGCGUGGUUGCUGCUUUAACUCCGAGGAAGGAGCUGUAUGUAAGCAUAGCUAAGGCAAUGGCCGCACAGAAGUAGUACCCUCUAUGUUCUAUCUUUAGUUGCAGGUGCUUUCUUU